AUGAUGAAUUUACAACAACAACAACCACCACCACCAAAAUCAUCAUCAUUUCAUCAACCAUUACAACAAUUAGAUACAAAUCAAUUAUCAUCACCAGUUUCAAUUAAGCGAAUUUUAGAAAAUUCUUCAACUAUAAAAUUGUCAAGAAUAUUACAAUCCAUACCAAAUUUUUCAUUCUUUGAUGAGCUAAUUAAUUUCCCAAUUCCAAGUGAUGAAAAUAAAGAAUCAAUUAAAUUAUCAAAUCAUGAUUUAUAUAAAAUUAGUAAAAUUUUAGAUGAUAUUGAUUUAUACUUGAAUGAUAUUAGAAUUGUAUUUAACAAUAUCAAAAAAGUUUCAAAAAAUAUAAAUAAUUUGUUAGAUUGGUAUUUUGAAGGUAAAAAUAAUUUAUUAGAAUUAUUAAGAAACUUGGAUAAUAUUGACUCAAUCAUUUCUCAACUAUUGUUAAUUAUUGAAAAUUGUAAUAAUCAGCAACAAAUUCAAUUUAAUCCCAAUUUAAUAAAGAAAUUUGAAAAUUUAAAUGAUUUAUUAUUUGAGAUUAAAAAAUCACUGAUUUUAUUAAAGAAAAACCUUGAUAUUUCAAUAAAUUAUAAAGAAUUGAUUGAAAAUAUAAUUAUUCAUUUGAUUUAUGAAAUUGAAGAUUGUAUCAAGAAUAUUGUAAAAUUAAAAGAAUUCAAAAUUUCAAGUCCAAAACGUAUAUUACCAAAAUUUAACCUUGUUGAAAUUAUAACAAAGAUGAGAAUAAAUGAUUUUAGUACCAAUAUAAAUUUUAAUUCAAUUAAAUUGCCUACAUUUAAUGAUUUAGAUGAAAAAUUAUAUAAUGAUUAUUUAAAAAUUGAAUCAAAAAUUGAUCCAUUAAAAAUUUCAGUAAAUGUUGUUCCUUUAAAAAUUGAUGAAUUUAAUAAUUUAUGUUUGGGUAAUUUGUUUAAAUCUUCAAGAGAAUAUAUUUUAAAUAAUUAUGAAAUAUUAUUAGAUAAAUGGAAUUUAUUGCAAAAGGAAAUGAAUGUAUUAAAGGUGGAAAAUAUAGAUAUUAAAUGGAAUGAAGUUUUUAAUUAUUUGAUAAAUCAAAUUGAAAUUGAAUGUGAUAAUUUAAUUGAUCUUACAUGUAAUUUACAAGAUAUUACUGAUGAAGUUGCAUCCAAGUAUAAAUUAUGUUCAAAUUCAAUUACGUUGAUUCAAAAGGCGAAUAAAGAAAAGACAAUUACUGAUUAUAGUAUAAUUUCAGGUUUUAAUACAAAAUUAUUACCAAAAUGGCAACAAGUUAAUGAUUUAGUUGUAAAUAAUAAAAAUUUAAGUAAAUUAAAAUCAAAAAGUGAUAUUGUAUCCGUUCCACCUUCAACUAAAUCAUCAGAAAUUAAUGAUGAACAAAUUUCUGGAUUAAGACCAUUUCAAACUAAAUCAAGAGGUUCUUCUUCAAAUUAUGACAAACCACCAACUAGUAAUGGGUAUGGAAUUGAUUUAAAUAUUGAUGUAAAUUCAACUACAUUACCAUUAAGUAUUCAAAAAAGAGAUCGUAUCAAAAAUUUACAACAACAAGAUAUUCAGCCUUCAAAUAGAAAGAAUUUAAGAAAUUCAUUGAUUUCCGUAUUUGAAUAUUUUAGUUUCCAAAGUGAAGAAGAAGAAGAUGCAACACUAGUUAAAUCAGAUACAAAAAAUGUUAACAAUAAUAAUAGACUUAUUUCAUUUAAUUAUUCAAGUUAUUUUAAUAUUAUAAUUAAUUCAAGUGUUAGAUUUAAAUCAAAAUUACCUCGAAUUAUGCCCAAUUAUAUUAAAUUAGGUUAUCCAAUAAUUUUAAAAGUUACAUCUACGAAUUCAAAAAUCCCAGAAAUUAAUCCUACUCAUCCUGUUUUCAAUUCACCUUAUAAAAAAAAUGAACAUUUUAAAAUCAAGAGUUUAAAUUCAUCACCAUUAAAGAAUAAAAAAGAAAUUAAAUCAAGAUCAAGUUCAUCUUCAAUUGCAACUGUUAUUGGAAGACCUAAUUCUUUAUUAAAUGAAAUGAAAAUACCAAAUUUAACUUACUCCAGGAGAUUAAGUUAUAAUUCUUCAAGUCCUGAACGUCCAUUAUCUUCAUUAGGUUCAAGAUUUGAUGAUGAAAAUUUAAUUCAAAAUUGUAAAAAUUUUUCAAAACCAAUUUGGAACUAG